AAUCAACAAGGCUGCAUCAUGUCUGCAGAUAAUACAAAAAUUACUUUUCUCUGUAUACUUGGAACCUUAUUUGUCUCAAGUAAGAUGUCAUAAUACAUUUUUAUUUAGGGCUCUGCUAUGUUCAUUAUGUGCUAGAAUAUGUUAUAACCAAAUUAUUUGAGCAUCUGGUUAUUGCAGUAAUUGCAUGGAAUGGCUAUUUUAUAUUUUUGUUUGUUUUAAGCCCAUGUUCUUCUGUAUAGCAAAAUAUUUUUUUAAAUGAUCUAAACAUAUAGACAAGAGAAAUAUCGGUAAAAUUAUUGUGGUGAUUUUCAAUCAAUAGUUUAUAUUAUAGCUGAAAUUUAAAAUGUUGAUGUCUAUUUGUUUCAGGUACAGAUGGGAACCAAGUGGAUCAAUCUCCAUUUAUCACAGUGAGAGAGAAAGAAUCUGCUCAGAUAAAGUGUAAUUAUAGCAUUACGAAUCCCAACGCAUUGUACUGGUACCAGCAAAUUCAUGGGGGAUCAAUAGUUAUGGUUAUCUCUGCGGUUACCACAGACUCAUCCAAAGGCCGAUACGGCAUGUUGAUCAACCGUAACCAGAGUACUACAGAGCUGUCUAUUGACUCAGUGGAAAUAGAAGACUCAUCUACAUAUUACUGUGCAGUGCAUCACACAGUGAUAUAGACUGGGAGGAAAC